GACAAAUUGAGCCUGAAUUCUAUUCAGCUUUCGUAGGCAAGAUUAAAUUCGAAUUUUUGGAAUCGUGACGCACCAAGCAUCAGCAACACUGGUCAAAAACCCACGAUGAUCAAACCAUCGGGGAAGGGAAACAAGUUGAAGGCUGCUUAUAAACAAGGCAUGGGAAGUGAUGGAUCACGUGGUGCGGGAGUGGAGGCUCUUCCCUGAACUUCCCGAACUUCAAAUCUCAGAUUCUGGUCCUGCAAUUGCGCGACGAUCUAACGUCUCCGGCUCUUGACCACCCCGCCAUUGGACCCUUUUGUCCUCCAUCUCGCGACUUUCAUCAGUCACUCUCUCCAUUUCUCGCUUUUCCUCUUCCAAGGGUCCUCAAGAUGUCCGCUCCGGCGUCCCGUGCCGUCCUCCGGCAAUCGCAGUUCCUGGCUCGCAGGACCGCAGUCAGACACGCCUCUUCCACCUCAGAAGCCGCUUCCAAGGCUGGUGAGGCUGCUUCCUCGACUGCCUCCAAGGCCUCUGAGGGCCUGUCUCGUGUUCAAUCCUCGGCUGGUCCCGCCAUCUCCAACGCCGCUCAGGGUCUCGGUAACGCCCUGCGGAAGGUUGGUGGAAGAACCGGAAAGGUCAUCUCUUUUGUCGAAACCAUGAUACCCCCUACCGUCUACUACAGCAAAGUCGGUCUCGAGCUCGCCAAGCUGGUCUUCCGUGGACAGAACAUGACCCCCCCGAACGUUGCCACCUUCCAGGCCUACCUCGAGCCCCUGAUCCGCAACCCCAUGAACUCCGCUUUCGCCCCCUCGAACAUUGUGGCCCGGAUCCGCAGCGCCAACAAGAAGGAGCUCGCCCUGGCUGGUGUCACCGCCGCGGAGGUGAUCGGCUUCUUCACCGUCGGUGAGAUGAUCGGUCGGAUGAACAUCGUCGGCUACCGGGGAGAGCCUCAGCACGCCGGACACCAUUAGAUAAAUACCACGCAGUUGUGCCUUAGCCUGUCUUCCCUUCCCUUUACAAAUCCUCCCCCGUUUCCUUUGUUGCGCUGUACUAUUGUAUGAUAGACGAUGGAAUUCAACUGUUGUCUGAGGUAACUGAGUGUACUUUUUCUUCAGUGGAACAUGUUUUGCUUUUGUUUCCCCCUUCCAAAAGCGGUUGGCCGGGUGUUUGAUCAUCAAAAAGCCUUUUUGGAAGUGUGUGCGUCCGGUUAGAAGAUAGACUUGUUCCACCUGUGCUUGAACGUUUUUAUUCCUU